UGUUCGGCUGCCAUUGGCUGGGGACUCCGGGCUGGGCUGAGAGCCAGCUGCGAGUAACUGCAUUGACUGGGCACCUCGCUCCCGGCCCGUACAGCUCAGCGCGGAGCGGCUCCGCGGACCGCAUCCGAGAGGCCAAGGGCGGUCUCUUCCACAGGGCGGCGGCGGCGGCGCCAUGGAGAAGCGAUUUACGUAUGAUGAUUAUCAGGAAACGAGUAAAUGGCUUCUGUGCCAAACCAAGCACCGACCUCAAGUGGCGAUUAUCUGUGGCUCUGGGCUAGGGAAUCUGGCCAAUAAAUUAACGGAGACCCAAAGCUUUGACUACAGCAAGAUUCCAAACUUUCCCCAAAGUACAGUGCCAGGUCACGCUGGUCGACUGGUGUUUGGAUUCCUGAAUGGCAAGGCCUGUGUGGUGAUGCAGGGCAGAUUCCACAUGUACGAAGGCUACUCGAUCUGGAAGGUGACAUUCCCAGUGAGGGUCUUCUACCUUAUGGGUGUGGACACCCUAGUGGUCACCAAUGCAGCUGGAGGACUCAACCCUGAGUUUGAGGUCGGAGAUAUCAUGCUAAUCCGUGAUCACAUCAACUUACCUGGCUUCAGUGGUGUGAAUCCUCUUAUGGGGCCCAAUGAUGAAAGGUUCGGACUUCGUUUCCCUGCCAUGUCCAAUGCCUAUGACCGGGAUAUGAGGCAGAAGGCUCACAGUGCCUGGAAACAGAUGGGGGAGCAGAGAGAGCUAAAGGAAGGCACCUAUGUGAUGCUGGCAGGCCCCUCCUUUGAGACUGUGGCAGAGUGUGGGCUGCUGCAGAAGCUGGGGGCAGAUGCUGUUGGCAUGAGCACAGUUCCAGAAGUUAUAGUUGCAAGGCACUGUGGACUUCGAGUCUUUGGCUUCUCCCUCAUCACUAACAAAGUCAUCUUGGAUUAUGAAACCAAGGAGAAGGCCAAUCAUGAGGAAGUACUGGAGGCUGGAAGACAAGCUGCAGAAAAGUUGGAACAGUUUGUCUCUGUUCUUAUGGCCAGUAUCCCACCACCUGCCAAAGCCUGUGAGCUGGAGUGAUCUGGCCUUUCCCUAAUGGGAUCCAAGUAGCUGCUGUCUACUUUGGUCCCUUGCUGGGGUCACGUGCCUCUGCCCUUCAGUAGUAGGAGAAAGGAGAGGAAGAUCCCUGUCCUUCACCUUCACCAUUUCUCCCACCAGACCAUUCUGCGCAGGCUUUUUUUAUCGUUACCUCAAAUCAUUUAUCAGUUCCCUACCCUCUUCUUCAGGAGCUAGAGCCCAGCCCUUGCUGUGUCUAUGGCGGGGGUGUGACCUGGGCUGUUGAACUUGGCACAGUAGCUACUGCUGUCCUUCUGAUGUAAUGCAUUCACAUUCCUGGGGACUCAGUUCUGACUCCUCCAAAGCAGGAGAGCCCCCUGUAAGGGCCAUCACAGUCCAAUACCCCUAGGACUUUUGUAUUCCCAUAUUUUGAGAAUAAAAAGAAAGAUGAAAUAA